AUGAAACAGCCGCGUGGCGGCGGCAGUAGUGACGAGACCCAACAGCAGCCAUUUCGACCGAUAUUCCCACGAGCACAACAUCAAUCUUGGCGGUCUUUUAUCGGCUACACAAGAUGUCCGAAGACAGGGCUGUUGAGGAGGUGCCGACAGCAAGCCAAUAGGUGGAAGGAUGGCGGUGAAUACAGUGGGAAAUGGAGGUCACGUCUCCACCGGAAAACGACCACAGUGGUCGUCACACCCGCUUCAUCCAGCCUUUACGGUGAUUGUGGUUUCAUCCUUGACUUCGUCGGCGACAGAAGUGAUGGUGGUGCAAGCAACGGUAUCCGGCGGUGGUGUGGUUGA